GUGAUCCGUGAUUUUGACAGUUUGAUUUGUUACUUGAUGGGUGUUUAUUGUGUUUUAUUGCACUUUUAAUAGGAAAAAUAAAUUAAAUCGCGUAUUAAUGGAGAUCUAAUUAGUAAAUAUGUUUAUGAACAAAAAGAAAAGGGAUAUCAGAAGUAUGGAGGGAGGCCCUCAAGCACAUCGCCUUGAUAGUACAAAGCUGGUAAAGGAGAAUGACCCUGAGACGGGUGUGGUGUCUCUGGGCUGGUUGGCAGCAGCGGCUGUAGCCACGGCGCUGACGCUGCUGGUCGCGGCGCUGGCCGACGCACACCUGCCCGCGCCUCUAGACCACUCGGCGCCGCCACAGCGCUUCAUCGCUGAGAUCGCUUACGAGCAUCUCGUCAACCUCACCUCCAUAGGCCCGAGGGUGGCGGGCAGCUACGAGAACGAGGUGGCGGCGGUGCGCGUGCUGACGGCGGCGGCGCGCGGCGUGGCGGCGGCGGCGUCGGCGCACAACCGCGUGGACCACGACGUGUUCACGGCCGGCGGGGCCUUCGCGCUCGGCUUCCUGGACGGCAUGAGCCACGUGUACCGCGGCGUGCAGAGCGUGGUGCUGCGCGCGCGCGGCGCGGGCGGGCGGCCGGGCGCGGCGCGGCGCGCGCUGCUGCUCAACUGCCACUUCGACACCGUGCCCGACAGCCCCGGCGCCAGCGACGACGCGGCGGGCUGCGCCGUGGGGCUGGAGGUGCUGCGCGCGCUGGCGGCCGGCCCGCCGCUGCGCCACGACGUGCUGCUGCUGCUCAACGGCGCCGAGGAGAACGUGCUGCAGGCCUCGCACGCCUUCGUCACGCAGCACCGCUGGGCGCGCGCCGUGCGCUCCUUCGUCAACCUGGAGGCGUGCGGCGCGGGCGGCCGCGAGGUGCUGUUCCAGGCGGGCCCGCACGACCCCUGGCUCGUGGAGCUGUACGCCGCCGCCGCGCCGCACCCUUUCGCCUCCUCGCUCGCGCAGGAGCUGUUCCAGAGCGGCCUCAUCCCCGCCGACACCGACUUCCGCAUCUUCCGCGACUUCGGCAACCUGUCCGGGGUGGACCUGGCGUGGAGCAGCGACGGCUACGUGUACCACACGCGGCUGGAUGCGGCGGCGCGCGUGCCCCGCGCGGCGCUGCAGCGCACCGGCGACAACGUGCUGGCGCUGGCGCGCGCGGCGCUGGCCGGCGCGCGCCUGGAGCGGCCCGUGGAGCGCGAGCCGCAGCCGGUGUUCUUCGACGUGCUGGGCGUGCUGGUGGUGUCGGCGCGCGCGCCCGCCGCCGCCGCCGCGCUGCUGCUCACGCUGCUGGCGGCGGGCGCCGAGCUGGCGCUGUCGGCGCGCGACGCCCGGCGCCGGCUGUACAUGUCGGCGCGCGCGUGGUGCGGCGUGGUGGCGCGCGCGGCGCUCGGCGUGCUGCUGGCGUGGCUGGCGGGCGCCGCCGCCGCGCUGGUGCCGGCGGCGCUGCUGCACGCGGCGGGCGCGCGGCUGGCGUUCUACUCGCGCACGGCGCUGCUGCUGCCGCUGUACGCGCUGCCGGCGCUGGCGGGCUGCUGGGCGGACGCGCGGCACACGUGGGGGACGUGGCUGGGCGGCGGCGCGGCGCGGCUGGCGCGCGGCUGGUGGGCGUGGCGCGCGUGGCGGGACGCGCUGUGCGUGUGGAGCGCGGCGCUGGCGGCGGCGGGCGCGGCGGGCGGGCUGCGCUCGUCGUUCGUGCCGCUGCUGUGGCUGCUGCCGGCGCUGGGCGGGCUGCUGGGCCGGCGCGGGCGCCGGGGGGCGGCGCUGCACGCGGCGGCGGCGGCGCUGCCCGCGCUGCAGUGCGCGUACCUGGCGCUCAACUCGGUGCAGAUGUUCGCGCCCAUCAUGGGCCGCGCCGGCACCACGCCGCUGCCGCCCGACGUGAUCAUGUCGCUGCUGGUGUCGUCGCUGACGCUGCUGACCUUCAGCUGGAUGCUGCCGCUGGUGGUGGCCGCCAAGAACCCCAAGUGGCUGAUAUACGGCGGUGUGGCGCUGUGUGCUGUGACCACAGCGCUGGUGCUGGCUGGGCCGCUGGGCGCCGCCUACAGCGCCGAGCGCCCGCAGCGCCUCAUGGUGUUCCACGCGCGGCGCACCCAGCAUGGCCAGCGACAGGAGCACUUCUACUGGGUGCCCGAGCUCGACGCCAACACACCGGCCACGGUGCGCGACGUGCUCGCGCCCAUGCUGACUGCCAGCACUGAAGAGGCCAACACCGCAGAAGAGUGCGACAGCUGGCCGUACUGCGGCGCGCCCUACUUCCUGCCAGUGAUGUCGUUAGUCGCGCGUGGACAGCGCGUGCGGACGGACGAGCCGCCCGCUGUGCGUUUGAAUGUAACCGCGCGGUUAGAUGACGUCACACCACAACGCGUCACGCUGUCCCUCAACAUGACAGGGCCGGCGCAUGUCGUUUUGAUACUGGCCCCAGCGGUUGGUGCGCACAUACCGUGGUGCGAUUUAUUGGACGGCGCGCCUCAAUUAGGCCCCUUAUGGGGUGUUCGUCGCACUUACUUUAUAGCGUUACACAACGCGAGGGUCACACCUGAUUUCAGUUGGAUACUGAACUGUCAUAUUGUUCGGGGGGCAGAUGCUGUUGAAGGGGCGUGGGUGGAUGUAUCAGCAGCGGGGCACGCUAUGGCGGGGGAGGCGCAGCGGACGGCGCGCCAUGAGAGGUUACUGCGCGAGUUGCCCGCUUGGACCGCACCGACGGGCUGGGGUGUUGAUCUGCAUUUGCUGCGGCUCUAGCACGCUUCUGAUUAGCGCUCUCACUGGUUCUGAAUUCUGUAUAUGUAACGAGAUAGGCAGAACAUUCUGAUCAAUGGAGAACGCAGAACAUCUGAAGUUUUUGAAUAUGUCCGGACAAUGAGAGCGGUCAGAAUGAUCAUGGGCUCGAUUAGGUAAUCCCACUAUGGGUUCAUUUACACGAGCAGCAACUGCUAUCGACGACUGCAGUAGACAGCAGUCAACGGCAGUCCACAGCAGUCAACGGCAGUCCACAGCAGUCAACCGCAGUCGAAGGCAGUCCACAGCAGUCAACGGCAGUCCACAGCAGUCAACGGCAGUCGACGGCGGUCGGCGACAGUAGCAAUUGCCAGCUGCCGUUGGCAACGUGCUGCUCGUGUAAAUGAAUACUACCCUGGUACAAAACGCCAGGACACUGACGGUAUACAUAGGUAAAAUUAAUUGAAAGCGAGGUGUAGGUUGUGCAAUUACGAUUAAUUAGUAACUCGAGCAAUAGUAGUUAUAUAAAUGCAUUGCGGGUGUAGGUGUAACAACAGACUGGAUAUUAUUUCAUGUAUACAGGGUGCUCGGGAGUUAUUCCCAUAACUUCAAGGCGUUGACGAGUCCACUUAUAGGAACAAAACUGCAUAACUAAAGAUAUUAGUUAUGCAAUUACCUAAAAAAGUAAAAACUUUUUGUUUUCAUAUAAAUACAAAUAAUUCAGACUGUCCAUGUAAUGCACGCCUUUAUCUAUGCUUGCAUUUUAAAAUGCGUAAAACUUAACUACGUCAGAAUUAUAAGGAUGCGUAUAAGGGACACAUAUUAAGAACUUUUUACCAAAGAAUUAUUAUUUACUCCGAAAAUAUUUAUUUAAGAACAUAUGUUCCUUGAACAUUUUGAAUUUAUUUUUGUUAAAGAAUUUAACCCUUGAGUUAUGGGAAAUACUCCCGAGCACCCUGUAUAAGUAUCUAACAAAUUAAUGUCCAAAUCUCAACAUAUUACAAUCCGGACGCUCAGAGAUUGCUUUUCUGGCAGAUCGUGAUCGAACUGGCGUACAAGGUUGUUGACUGCGCUGUUUCAAGGUUAUGCCAACUGUUUGUCCUUGUAGUGAUGAGACAAAAAACGAGGCAACAAUAGGCUAGUUGACACUUUUUUUAAUGGUCUUAAAUAGUUCAUUAUAGUUCUACUAGAUUGAAAAAAAAAGACGUGAUUACAUGAAAAUUUUAGUUUUUAAAUAUGUUUUUGACAAUACGACCCAAAACGCCUGUCGGCCAUGACGGUAUAUAUUUCAACUGUUUCAUGACGUCACUGUAACAAAUUCCUUACAAACGGAGCGUUUGACAAAAAUAUUAGAUAUCAAUUCGUUUGACGUUUAGUACAUAAAGUAUUAUCGUUUUUUACGUUUAGAAAAUUUGAAAAAUACAUGUUUUUAAUUAGGUUUUAUAAGAAAUCCUUAAAUUUAAUUAAUUAAUUUCGAUAUAUUUCGGAUUCUUAUUCCAUGUACUAUGCGAAAUUAAUAUUGUUUAUAUUAAAUUUGAUAUGAGUCAACUACCCUACUGUAAUUUAAUGUUCCCAAAACCAUUCGAUCACGACCUGUCAGAAACGCAAUCUCUGAGCGGCCGGAUAUUACUGCUUACUCCUUAGAUAAGGAACAGCACAUUAGGUAGCUAAUACAGCCGUCGCAAACGUGAUUGCCAAAAGACAAUAGACAUUAAGUCAUUAGAACAAGAUUAAGUUAGAGUUAAGUAGGGAAACGGUAGGUUUAGGUGACUGCAGCUUCACAUGCACUAAACGCUGUAGGUAAGACGUAAUACUGCACUGAAUUAGUUUUAAAUAUUUUGGGACAAUAUGAAUGACUAUAAUAUGUACCAAAUGUCGAUUUAGGCGUGUAGAAGUGUGACAUUACAUGACGUAGGUACUCCCUUGAACUGACAGGUCUUAUGUCAGUCAGGCACUGAAAAAAACUGCGUUACCGCUGAUACCUAAAAUUUUGUAUUGCGCAUCUUAAUGCACGAUGUUCCGAGACGUCAUAAAGUUAUUACAUCGUACUUUAAUAGAUUGUUUAUGUAAUCAAGAAAAAUCUAUAAAUCAUUUUUAAUUAAACAGUCUUGUAAAGAGUCGUAAUAAGUUAAAUAAAAAUGUCCUUUAACUUCAAAGCAGAAAAAAUCUGUUUCUAUUUGUCUCAUCUAACGGGAACACAUUAUAUAUUUAUAUAUAUUUUAUAAUUAGUUUUAGUAAUGUUCUAAGGUGUAGGUAUGGAGUUAGAACGCGCUGCGUAGCUAGUGUUGUUGAAUUGGCAGUUGACACUGUACAGAGGCAGUUGACACUGUACAGUGGCAGUUGACACUGUACAGUGGUAGUUGACACUGCUCAGAGGCAGUUACACUGUACAGUGGCAGUUGACACUGUACAGUGGCAGUUGACACUGUACAGUGGUAGUUGACACUGCUCAGAGGCAGUUACACUGUACAGUGGCAGUUGACACUGUACAGUGGCAGUUGACACUGCUCAGAUGGAGUUGACACUACAGAGGUAGUUGCCACUGUACAGUGGCAGUUGAGCUUGGUGCCUUUUUGUUAAGUUUUUAUUGAUGAUUUAAAAUUUAAGUUAUACAAUCGUUAUAAAUAUUGUUAUUAGAUUUAUUUAUCGUUUAUUUCAUUGUGAUUCCAAUUUAUGCACCCCAGUAUGUACCUAGGAAACUAAGUUUAUCCUCAAUUUUAUUAUUAACGUUUUUAUAACAAACUGUAGAGUUUUAACAUUUUCUAUAGGCCGGUAUAAUUUAUGGAUAAUAAACUACCUAUAAAUUGUCUAAUGAUUUGUAAACAUUUUGUUAGUUUAAUAAUUAUUUAGUAGCUAAUGUUUCGAUUAAUUACAAAUUGGCAAUUGUUUUACUCCCAAACUUGACAGUAAUGUUAAUAGUUUUUAUAUUUUAAUUUAAAAAUGGAGGAUUUUUAAGUUUGGGUUUUUGUAAUCCAUACAGCAGCUUCUGAACCACUAAAUGAGUAGGUAAAUAAUAAAAUAUGCGUACAAAAGAAUUGAAUUUUAUUUAUUAAUUAAAUGAAAUAUACUAAUUA